AGGCACAGGCAGCCUGCAUACACUCCUUUUCCUGGUGUCAACAUUAUUUAAAAGCAUGGGAAAUAGUAAUGAGACAGUGUCUUCUUCAUUAGAACCUUAGGAAUCUACUAGAUUUCUUCAUCUCUAUUUGUUGUUAUUAGUAGCCAAACUGUGCAAAAAACACGGUCUUGAGAAAUGAUAGCACAGUAUCUUAGAGGGAAAGGAAAUGUAGGAUGCCAGUGUGGGGACAAAUUUCUGAUUGCCAGUGAUUGUUGUGAGCAUAACAAUAAUUUCAUGAACAUUAAAGCCUCUAUUGAGGGCAGCUGCAGUUGUAAAGGAAAAAAAAAAUGGUCCCGAACAUUUAAAACUACACUGGUGUAUAUCAUAAUCAAACAAAGUAAACAGAAAAAAAUUUAAACUUUGCUAAAAAAAAAAAAAAGGGCAGGAGAAGCAGUUGAUCUUUAGGAAGGCACGCAGUUGCUUAUUAUGAAUCAUUUCUAGGGUCCGAUGCAUUUUUAAAGCCGGUUACAGUCAUUACAAAGCACACCCUUGUGAGGUAAGUGUAUCAUCACCUUUGGUUCAUAAAUAAAAAAGCUGAGACGCCGAGCGAUUAAGUCACUCGCCUAAGGAGAAUGAGUCAACGUCAAGAGUCAUAGUUGACCCGGCCUAACGACUCCAGACCAUAAGUCCAGGGCUUAGUCAGUGGGGCCCGGAGUGGCUUCCCCGGCUGGCACCUGGACUUAGGCUAUUUCCGUGCACGUAAAAGCAGAAUAUUGGAACGGUUGCACAGAACUUCCAAAUAAUUUUUACCGCCACGCAAGAUUUAGCCCUGAGGUCUUAAUCUCAGGAUUUGGGACAGUAAAAGCUGUCGUCCCUCCCCCUCGUCCAGCCGGUGGCAAGCGGGUACUGCGGGCGGUUCCGUCCGUCCCCUUUCGCAGAAAUGGCAACAAAUGACCACCAGCAUUAGCUGAGCCAGGGGACGUGGGAGGGUUGAUUGCCUAAACGACUCUGCAUCGCCGCCUCUUUUUGAAACUAAGAGAAAAUGGUGGGAGAUCAAAAGAAAACUAAAUAAACACACAGGCAACUUGUCCUGGGACCUCAACUAAGCAAAUGAAGCCUUAUUGUGUGUGCUGAGCCUGCAGUUCCCAACCUUCCGGGGAAGAUGAGAGGACAGGGCGACAAAGGGCACAGUAGGCUUGCCUGGCAGUAAGUGUGACCGCAGCUAUCUAGGCGGAAGAGCAGAAGACUGAAACCACCCUCCAGCAAGCGAGUGUCCGCCGCGUUGAGAACCGCGCACCCUACCCAUCGGCCACGUGACCAGUCCUUCUUUAAAAAAAAUUUCUUUGCCUUAAAAAAAAAAAAAAAAGGUGAGGGAGAGACUCCACUUCCCAGAAGCCUCUCGUUACCCACGCAGCCGCAGUCUUGCGCAGGCGCUGCCAGGGCCAAACGGACACAUCCGUCACGUGGCCAGUAGCUGGCCAAUCCGGUUUGAAUCUCAUUUUUUUCCUCUUACCCCCCCCCCUCUGGAGCGGUUGUGCGAUCAGAUCGAUCUAAGAUGGCGACUGUCGAACCGGGUGCUGUGAGGAAAUGCAUGGUUUGUUGAAAAGAACUGAGGACUGACAGCCGCCUCCUCCAUGGUUACCCUGGCUCUCUGUCCCACCCUUCUCAUGGCGCUUGGGGGACCAUGGCUGAUCCUGUCGUGAGACAAAUUAAGACUCCUGUGGUGAAGCAGUUGGUCAGAGAAAAAGUGAUGCAUGAAAAAGAAGCAAAACAACAAGAAGGAAAGAAAAAAAUGAGAGCUGAAGAUGGUGAAAAUGAUGCCAUUAAAAAGCAGGCAGAAAUUCUGCGAGAAUCCCAGGAAACCACCCCUACUCCUAAUCCCCCGACUACAGAAGAGGAGAAAACUGAAUCUAAUCAGGAGGUUGCUAACCCAGAACACUAUAUUAAACAUCCCCUACAGAACAGAUGGGCACUCUGGUUUUUUAAAAAUGAUAAAAGCAAAACCUGGCAAGCAAACCUGCGGCUGAUCUCUAAGUUUGAUACUGUUGAAGACUUUUGGGCUCUGUACAACCAUAUCCAGUUGUCUAGUAAUUUAAUGCCUGGCUGUGACUACUCACUUUUUAAGGAUGGUAUUGAGCCUAUGUGGGAAGAUGAGAAAAACAAACGGGGAGGACGAUGGCUAAUUACAUUGAACAAACAGCAGAGACGAAGUGACCUCGAUCGCUUUUGGCUAGAGACACUUCUGUGCCUUAUUGGAGAAUCUUUUGAUGACUACAGUGAUGAUGUAUGUGGCGCUGUUGUUAAUGUUAGAGCUAAAGGUGAUAAGAUAGCAAUAUGGACUACUGAAUGUGAAAACAGAGAAGCUGUUACACAUAUAGGGAGGGUAUACAAGGAAAGGUUAGGACUUCCUCCAAAGAUAGUGAUUGGUUAUCAGUCCCAUGCAGACACAGCUACUAAGAGCGGCUCCACCACUAAAAAUAGGUUUGUUGUUUAAGAAGACACCUUCUGAGUAUUCUCAUAGGAGACUGCGUCAAGCAAUCGAGAUUUGGGAGCUGAACCAAAGCCUCUUCAAAAAGCAGAGUGGACUGCAUUUAAAUUUGAUUUCCAUCUAAAUGUUUCUAAGAUAUAAGAGAAGUCUCAUUCGCCUUUGUCUUGUACUUCUGUGUUCAUUUUUUUUUUUUUUUUUUUUUUUUGGCUAGAGUUUCCACUAUUCCAAUCAAAGAAUUACAGUACACAUCCCCAGAAUCCAUAAAUGUGUUCCUGGCUCACUCUGUAAUAGUUCAGUAGAAUUACCAUUAAUUACAUACAGAUUUUACCUAUUCACAAUAGUCAAAAAACAACUUGGCAUUUCUAUACUUUACAGGAAAAAAAAUUCUGUUGUUCCAUUGUAUGCAGGAGCAUAUUUUGCUGGUUUGAAAGAUUAUGAUGCAUACAGUUUUCUAGCAAUUUUCUUUGUUUCUUUUUACAGCAUUGUCUUUGCUGUACUCUUGCUGAUGGCUGCUAGAUUUUAAUUUAUUUGUUUCCCUACUUGAUAUUAGUGAUUUCUGAUUUUAGUUUUUCAUUUGUUUUGCUUUUGUUCUUUUCCUCAUGUAACAUUGGUGAAGGAUCCAGGAAUAUGACACAAAGGUGGAAUAAACAUUAAUUUUGUGCAUUCUUUGGUAAUUUUUUUUGUUUUCUGUAACUACAAAGCAUUGCUACAAAUUUAUGCAUUUCAUUCAAAUCAGUGAUCUAUGUUUGUGUGAUUUCCUAAACAUAAUUGUGGAUUAUAAAAAAUGUAACAUCAUAAUUACAUUCCUAACUAGAAUUAGUAUGUCUGUUUUUAUAUCUUUAUGCUGUAUUUUAACACUUUGUAUUACUUAGGUUAUUUUGCUUUGGUUAAAAGUGGCUCAAGUAGAAAAGCAGUCCCAUUCAUAUUAAGACAGUGUACAAAACUGUAAAUAAAAUGUGUACAGUGAAUUGUCUUUUAGACAACUAGAUUUGUCCUUUUAUUUCUCCAUCUUUAUAGAAGGAAUUUGUACUUCUUAUUGCAAGGCAGUCUCUAUAUUAUGUCUUCUUUUGUGGUGUCUUCCAUGUGAACAGCAUAAGUUUGGAGCACUAGUUUGAUUAUUAUGUUUAUUACAAUUUUUAAUAAAUUGAGUAGGUAGUAUCAUAUAUAUGGAAUUAAAUUGAUGUGGCUAUCUUUGUUUUUUUAUAAAGUAAGGCACAGUCCUUCAGUCUUAGGUAAAUAAUGUACUCUCUUAAUAUGUUAAUACUCAUGAGAAUUGGGAUCUGAUGCAUCACCAUUUGAUUGGUAGCAACAGUGGUUGUAAAACUUGGUUGCUGAAUUGAGUUGUUUCUAUGUAAGUGUCAAAAAGAUAGUGUAGGGAAAGUACAGGUGGUGGGGACAUAUGCAUUAAGAAUUUUGUUAGUGUUGCAAUCUAAAUAGAAUGGAAUAAACAGGUAUUAAGACAUAUUUAUAGUGGUAAAUUGUUGUAGUAUGGUAUUCUGUAAACUUGAAAACUUGAUCUACUCUUUGUAGGUAUCAUUUGAAAGCAAACUUGAAAAUGUUUUGUACAUAGUACAUACUUGUAUAGUCCUGUGAAAUGAAGUAUGGCUAUCAGACCAAAGGAUAAGCCAAACUGUAGGUAGCAGAAUGGAAAUUAUUAGUUUGAGAGGAAAGUUUGUCUUUGAAUGGUGAUUAUGACUUAAUCAUUUUAAAACUGAUAAACUUGACAAAAACCCUGUAUGAAAUAAACAUGAAAUUAAUAGCACUGAUUUCAUUGUAAAAUUUUAAAGCAGUUUAAAGGGUACCACAGGUUAUCACAGUACUCUCAGUGCCACAAACACCUCUUGUUCAGUAUUCUAGAAAUACUGAAUCUUCUGUGUUUAUUAUAAUCUCAGCAUACCGUACGUAAUGUCUGCUAGUUAAACUUGGGUAAUUGGUUAAGGUGACUUGCUAUGUCAAUAUGUAUAGUUUUGAGUACUUCAAGAGUUUACUUAAAAGUGAUGAUGUUAGUGGUAUGUUGGCAAUGGGUGGGACUGAAGUAGUAUAUCUAUUAUAAACUAAUGAUCUAUUUUCUUAAUUCUAAGAUGAAGUCCAAUUUUAAGAAGCAUCAGCUUUUAGGUGCAAAGGAGGAAUAACACAUUAAAUGUAUACAGUUCUAAAUUUUUGAAAUAACUAAUUUGUAGCAUUUGAUUAUUGUUAUUACCAUUUUAGAAUCAUGAUUUUAUUUUAAACCUUUUUCUUGGGGACAAGAAAGGAUAAUAAAUUACUCUGAAUCACUUUUGGCAGUUGCCACUUAAAUAGUACAGUGACUUGCAACUUUUAUAACUUUAUUAGCACCUUCUCUAAAUAUAAAAUUAGGCUAUAUGUUAUUUUCCAACUUCUGUUUAGCAGGAUAUUAUAAGUAGAUUAAAUAGAUAUAUUUUCUUUCUCUUUUUUUUUUUUGAGAUGGAGUCUCGCUUUGUCGCCCAGGCUGGAGUGCAGUGGCGUGAUCUCCGAGUAGCUGGGACUAUAGGCAGCCGCCACCAUGCCCGGCUAAUUUUUUUUGUAUUUUUAGUAGAGACGGGGUUUCACUAUGUUAGCCAGGGUGGUCUUGAUCUCCUGACUUUGUGAUCCGCCUGCUUCUGCCUCCCAAAGUGCUGGGAUUACAGGCGUGAGCCGCCGCGCCGGCCCAAAUAGAUGUGUUUUCGUAAUAGAGAAUUGAAAUAGGCUUUAAUGGGUGAAUAGCAGUUUGUUGUAGGCAUGUGACAUUUCAUUUAAUGAAUUUAAUGUUUAUUAUCCCAAUUCUACAGAAUGAAUUAAUGCAUACGAUGCAAUUAAAUAAUUACAACACUUACAUAGUAAUAAUUUAUGUGCCAGGCAGUAGUUUAGUCACUUUACAUGCAUAUUAACCUGCAGAAUAAUCUUUUGAGAUGUGGGUGCUGUUACUGAGAAUUUAACUUUUGCUUGUAAAUUGCAAAAGGUGGAUUUGAAUUCUGGAAAUUUGGUUCCAGAGACAAUAAUUACUUAACCCUGUCUCCAUAGGGUACAGCCUGUCUAAUAGGCUAUAGUAAAUCACCUCAGCUUGUUAUAGGUCGGGCAUACAAACAUUUCUCCAUUUUACUCCCUUUGGUAAUGAAUCUAGUAAUAGAUGGAAAUUUUCCCUAGAUUCACUGUGUUAGUCAGUUGGGGAAGUUUGGAGGCAAAGGUACGGGGUUUACGGGAGGUAGUGUAAGUAAAUAUAGUCACAUGCUAUAUAAGGAAGUUUUGGUCAGCAGCAGACCACAUAUAGGAUGGUGGGCCAGUAACAUUAUAACACUGUAUUUUUACUGUAUCUUUUCUAUGUUUUGUUAUAUUUAGAUACACAAAUAGCAUUAUGGAGUAUUCAGUAUGGUAACAUGCUAUACAGGUUUGUAGCCUAGGAGCAAUAAUAGACUGUUCCCUGAAGCCUGUGUUUGUGGUAGGUUAUACCAUUCAGGUUUGUGUAAGUACACAACGAAAUCAUCUAAUGGCCCAUUUCUCAAAACAUAUUCCCAUCAUUAAUCAAUGCAUGGUCAUGUUUUCAUAUACAUUUUAAGCUUCUGUAUUCUGAGCUAAUAUAAAUGGCAAAGUAAGGCAAAAUUAUUAAAACUGAUAGGCACUGAGAUUCUUAAAUGCUAAAGUUGCAUUCAAAAGGAUAAUUUUAGGCGUUGUGACAAAGCAGUGUUAUAUUUUAAAGUUAAUGACAAGGCUAUGCACCUUUUAUCUCUAAUUGUUUCUUUCAGAAUGUUUUUAUUGAGCAGUAAAACAAUAAAUGUCAUCCUUUUUAUACAAAUUCAAGAGUUUAGGCCAGAUUGACAUUGAUAAACAAAACUUCAGCAUAUCUCUCGAGGUCAGUGUAGAAAUUGUGUGUCUGGAAACUUCUAUAGUAAUUUUAUAUUACUGUGACAUUAGUAUGUGAUCACUUUUCUAGUAAUGUUUUAAAAAAAUAUAUCUUACAGGCCAGGCAUAGUGCUUUAUGCCUGUAAUCCCAGCACUUUGGGAGGCCAAGGUGGCAGGAUUGCAUGAGUCCAGGAGUUCAACACCAGUCUGAGCAAUAAAGUAAGACCCCAUCGCUACAAACAAAUUAAAAAAUAUGUAUGUGUGUAAUAUAUAUAAUAUAUAACAAAACACGUAUACGUAUGUGUAUAUAUAGUAUGUCUGGCAGAGUACAAUUUAGGGGUUAAGACUGUUCCCUCACAUAAUAGUGUGAGAAACACUGUUCACAGGUUGCUUUCCCCAUUAGCCCAGGGCAACUCAUUUGCCCAUCAUUCCCUAAAACAACCGGGUCUGUUACAUCUACAAUUUUCGUCUUCAUACAGUUAUGGAUUUGGUGUCAAAAACUUUGGUCCUGUUCUGUACCAUCUUAAAAUAAACUCUUGUGUCCUGCUUUACUGUGAAUUCCAAAGUAGGCAUUAGGUAGCCUUCCUACUACCAUAGUUUAGAGUUAAAUAUUCUUAUGACCAUUCCACUGGUAGAAGCAAAAAAUGAAAUUGUAGGCAUGUGAUCACAUGUGCCUAUGGUGCUGUCUUUUCCAAUAUAGGGGAACUAAUUUUCAUAUUUUAAUCUUGCAGCUUUUUGUUUACUUCAUGCAUUGUGAUUUCUCAUAGUUAUGCACGGAACUCACUUCCCUACCUUUUCUGAAAAAAAGUAUGUAUACACACAUACAUAUGUAUUGAGCACCUCUGUUUACUAUGUUCCACAUGCUAGGCAUAUAGCAAGAACAGAACGGUCUGGGGCCCUGCUCUAAAGAAGAUUUGAAAGCAGACAUAUAUUAAAAAUGCGUGAGUCUGGCCAGGAGCGGUGGCUCAUGCCUGCAACCCCAGCACUUUGGGAGACUGAAGCGGGUGAAUCACCUGAGGUCAGGAGUUCCAGACCAGCCUGGCCAACAUGGUAAAACCCCGUCUCUACUAAAAAUACAAAAAUUAGCCGGGCAUGGUGGCAUGCGCCUGUAAUCCCAGCUACUUUGGAGACUGAGGAGAAUCACUUGAGCCCAGGAGGUGGAGGUUGCAGUGAGCUGAGAUCGCGCCACUGUACUCCAGCCUGGGUGACAGAGCAAGACUCCAUCUCAAAAAAAAGCACGUGUCUUCAUAAGGUUCUACAAAUAGAGAACCUGUUGUUACUGAAAAUAGGACUAGGGUUUUAUUACUGGGUAUUAUGCAGUCGAGGUAAAUAUAAAAUGAGGUUGUUCUUUUUUUUUUGAGACGGAGUCUUAUUUGCCAGGCUAGAGUGCAGUGGCGCGCUCUUAGCUCCGCCUCCCGGGUUCAAACGAUUCUCUUGCCUCAGCCUCUUGAGUAGCUGGGACUACAGGUGCGUGACACCACACCCAACUGAUUUUUGUAUUUUUAGUAGAGAUGAUGGGGUUUCACCAUGAUGGCCAGGAUGGUCUCGAUUUUUUGACCUCGUGAUCCGCUCACCUCGGCCUCCCAAAGUGCUGGGAUUACAGGCGUGAGCCACUGCACCCGGCCCUGGUUGGUCUAAAUACUUUCCAGCUCUAAGACAUUGAUUCUAAACAGAUCACAUUCCAGGAGGACUCUAGCAAACCAGCAUAUGCAAAUUAUAGCUUUUGCAAGACCGUUUCUACUUUUAUAUUACUGAACUCUAUAUGAUUGUCCAAGUAAAGUUUUGUGUCUCUUUGAGUAUGUGAUUGUACUUUAAAAUUUUUUCACCAUUCAUUUAACAUAUUUUAGCAUACUGUAGUAUUUUUAAUGCAAUUGUGUUUGCAUUGGUGUGGCUUUAGAGGCUUCUCCAGCCACCUUCCCAAAAUACUGAUCUGUGAUUUUUUUCUUUAAUGUUUGGCCAAACGUAAUACAUGCUUAUUUUAUUUUUCAUCCCUACGGAAAGGUAGAAGAUGAGAAUUCCGUCUCCUAUCCUACUGUUGCUUUUCAAGGUGCCACUCAAAUUUCUUGUACGUGUCUAGAAACUUGUGCAUACAACAGAAGUACAGUGUGGCUGGGCAUGGUGGCUCAUGCCUGUAAUCCCAGCACUUUGUGAAGCCAAGGUGGGUGGAUCACCUGAGGUCAGGAGUUUGAGACCAGCCUGGCCAACAUGAUGAAACCCCAUCUUUACUAAAAUUAGAAAAAAUUAGCCAGGCAUGGUGUUGCACACCUGUUAUCCCAGCUACUGGGGAGGCUGAGGCACGAGAAUUGCUUGAACUCGGGUGGCAGAGGCUGCAGUGAGCUAAGAUCACGCCACUGCAUUCCAGCCUGGGCAACAGAGCCAGACUCCAUCUUCAAAAAAAAAAAAAAAAAGAUGGACACUAUAUGUAACUUUUAUCGUUGGACACAAAAAUUCCAUUAGCUUUAUUUUCUCAUUUUUACUUGUCAUGAUGUAUGUAGAACACAUUAUUUUUAGUGUCUGGUGUUCCAUUAUACAGAUGUCUCUCUUGUUGGUUGAAGUUUUGCCUUCACAGACCCUCAAGUUGUAUUCGUAUCUUUUUACACUAAGCAUAAAGAAGACGGAUUGGGGCCGGGCAUGGUGGCUCACGCCUGUAAUCCCGGCACUUUGGGAGGCUGAGGUGGGUGGAUCACGAGGUCAGGAGUUCGAGACCAGCCUGGCCAACAUACCGAAACCCUGUCUCUAAAAAUAUGGGAAAAAAAAUUAGCCAGGCGUGGUGGUGCACACCUGUAGCUACUUGGGAGGCUGAGGCAGGAGAAUCACUUGAACCCAGGAGGCGGAGGUUGCAGUGAGCAUAUUGCACCAUUGCAUUCCAGCCUGCGCAACAGAGGAAGACUGUUUCAAAAAAAAAAAAAAAAAAAAGGUGGAUUGAUUUUCUUCAGCAGUAUCAAGUUGCACUUACCAUCCACACCUUCAACACCCAAACCAUUCUAAUCCACGUAUACAGACUAUCAUCUGUUUUGUUAUGGUGUUCCAUAAUGCAGCUUUUUGAGUUACGCAGUUUUGGUCCUCAUAUUUUUCUGAUUGGUUUUUAAUGUAUUUUCUUCUAACGAGCCAAUGUUGUUAUACAUGUAAUUUGUUUAUUUGCUAGAUUGUACUCUUUCCCAAAGAUGGGCUAUGAACUAGCAUCUACUUUCAUUUUACCUAUUUACCUGUAAACAUUGAAAAAACUGAAUCAAAUGCAGUGAUAUUGGACCUAGUUUUAUUGUUAUGCCUUAUAACGAAUUUAACUUCACAGUUUCCUAAAUGAGAGCAUUUCCCAAACACAUCUUUAUGAUCAUAACCAGUUUCCCUUGGCAUUUGAUUUAUUUUUAUUUAUUUAUCUUUUUGAGACGGAGUUUUGCUCUUGUUGCCCAGGCUGGAGUGCAAUGGCGUGAUCUCAGGUCACUGCAACCUCUGCCUCCCGGGUUCAAGCGAUUCUUCUGCCUCAGCCUCCAAGUAGCUGGGAUUACAGGCAUGCACCACCACGCCUGACUAAUUUUGUAUUUUUAGAGACAGGGUUUCUCCGUGUUGGUCAGGCUGGUCUCAAACUUCCAACCUCAGGUGAUCCGCCCACCUUGGCCUCCCAAAGUGUUGGGAUUACAGGCGUGAGCCACAGUGUCUGGCCUGAUUUGUUUUUAAGAGCAUUAUUUUUCUGCUUUAUUUUGUGACUUCAACAUUUGACUCAAUUUUGGGUGAAUGGUUUGUGCAUGAUACCUGACGUGUUUUGAUGUGUAGUAUAUGCCAUAGGACAUGUGAGACAAGAUGUGUCCCAACUUGAUCUUGUUUUGUAUUGUUUAUGUCAAGGUGUUGAGUAUAUUAGAUAUACUGUUGGGGCUCUGUGUUCUAUCUCUGCUUUUUAGAUAAUAACCAUGGUUAAAUAUUGCAAUGUCCUGCAUGUCUCCACACACGGGUUUUGUAACUGAGUCAGAAUGAUAAGUGAUUAGUAAGCACAUUUUUUCUCCUUUCAGGAAACCACUAUUUUCCUUUUCUACAUGCUGUUUUGUAAGUAGUACUUUUAUGAAGAUUGUCUUCAAAUGUUCGCAUCUUCCAUUUCUACUGCCCUUGGGUUAUCCAUCCUGUCAUUUUGUGCCUAUCACUUGUUUUUUUUACCUUUAAGUUCAGGGGUGCAAGUGUAGAUUUGUUACAUAGGUAAACUUGUGUCAUGGGGUUUGUUGUACAGAUUAUUUCAUCACCCAGGUGUUAAGCCUAGUAUGCACUAGUUGUUUUUCCUAAUCUUCUGCCUGCUCCCACCCUCCACCCUCUGAUAGGCCCCAGUGUGUGUUGUUCCCCUUUAUGUGUCCAUGUGUUCUCAUCAUUUAGCUCCCACUUAUAAGUGAGAAUGUGGUGUUUGGUUUUCUGUUCCUGCAUUAGUUUGCUAAGGAUGAUGGCCUCAAGCUCCAUCCAUGUCCCUGUAAAGGACCUGAUCUUGUACUUUUUUAUGGCUGCAUAAUAUUCUGUGGUGUAUGUGUACCACAUUUUCUUUAUCCAGUCUAUCAUUAGGCAGUUAGGUUGAUUCCGUGUUUUUGCUAUUGUGAAUAGUGCUGCAGUGAACAUACAUGUGCAUGUCUUUUUAUAAUAGAAUGAUUUAUAUUCUGUUGUGUAUAUACCCAGUAAUGGGAUUGCUGAGUUGAAUGCUGUUUCUGCCUUUAGGUCUUUGAUGAAUUGCCACACUGUCUUCCACAAUGGUUGAACUAAUUUACACUCCCACCAACGGUGAAUAAGUGUUCACUUUUCUCCACAACCUUGUCAGCAUCUGUUAUUUUUUGACUUUUUAAUAAUAGCCAUUCUGACUGCUCACAUCUAUUUUGUAAAUAAAGUUUUAUUGAAACAUGGCCUUACCCAUUUGUUUACAUAUAUCUGUGGCUGUUUUUGUGCCACAGUGUCAGAGUUGUCUUAAAGUAGACAGAGACUAUCUGGCUGUAAAGCAUGACAUAUUUACUAACUGGUUCUUUAUGGAAAAAGUUGGCUGACCACCUACUCUAUAAACGUUUUGUAGUGAUUGUACUCUUGGCAAAAAACCAAAUAGCUUACUCUCUUUAAAUUUCUCUUUUACUUCCUACAAACUCCUAACACCAUUUACAACUUGGUCCUCAAUAUGGUCAACUAACCUUGGUUUGCAUGGCUCCACUUCCUUUCACCUUCCACUUAGGCAGUGUCUCCCAGUCCACUGCAGUUUCUAUUUGUCUCCUGACUGUUCCUGUAUCAGUUCUUACCUAAAUGACAUAACACCUGAUCUCCCUACUUUUUGCCUCUGCCCUCAAAUGUGCUCAUUGUUGAUCUAUCUCCCUGUUAGGUGUUCUUUUUCUACUCUUUAGAAAGCAGCCAAGGAAACCAGGGUUCUCUCAAAGUGGAAAAUACUGGAACUUAUAUACUGUUAUCAUAAUGAUAGUUGGUGUUUUGAAUUAUAGGAAUGAUUCCAGGUGGUUUCUGAAUCAUCCAGUAAAGCUGUAUUCACUCUGUA